AAGUUCAUUUAAUCGAGAUCUAUGAAUGGGGUCAAUUACUACGUUGAAGUUUUUAACUAUUUGACUGCACAUUUGAUAUAGUGACAGCUGUAUAAAGGAUUAUUGAUAUUGUUGGAAUUCAUUUCGUAUGAAUAGUAUGGAUGGAAAUAACACUAGAUCGGGGAUCGGUUUAGGGCCUGAUGGAGUACUACCCUCCAUGGAAGUUAAGAACAAGAAAAUGGAAGAACACGAGCAAGAGAAUGAUGAUGAGCAUGAGACAAAUUUAAAAGAUGAACGAAGUUUCAUAGAAAAUAUUUCUAAAUUUUAUGGUCAGACAGAUCUUCGUGAUAUAACAUUAAACAUAGGUGACGAUUCAUACUCCGCUCACAAGUUUGUGCUGGCCAAAGAUAGUGAUGUGUUUCGUGCAAUGCUUUACGAUGACAACUGGUCAAAGGACAAUCAAACAGAACUAGCGCUUAGUGAGACUCCAGAAUGCCGUGCCGUUUUUGAUAAAUUUUUACGUUAUUUUUAUACUGCCGAUAUAUCUGUGACCGUGGAGUCGUCUGUAGGUAUUCUUUGUUUGGCAGAUAAAUACUGUGUAACAUCACUCAAAAAUCUAUGUACACAGUAUAUGAUUGAAAAAGCCAAAUCACCGAAAGUCAAAAAUGCUUUGUCAUGGUAUGCAUGGUCUAAAGCUUUAGGUCUAACAGAAUUGAUACAACAGUGUGCUCAAACUAUAGCAUGGAAUACAGACACUUUACUUAAAUUAAAAGAAUGGCCUGGAAUGGAUUUUGAUUUUGUGUCUGAUCUAUUAAGAAACGAAGAUUUGGUUCUUCAAAAUGAAUACCUCUUGUACGAGUCCCUUCUUCAAUGGCUAUUUCACGAGAGCCAUAGGUCUGAUCUACGAGAAAAUGCGAAUAAGUUAUUCCCUUUGAUUAGAUUUCCACAAAUGACUGUUAAUCAGUUGUAUCAGAUUGAAAACUCCGAUAUCGUGGAACAGGAAGAAUGUAAGGAUGUGUUAAAUAGUCUUGUUUGUAAGGCAUACAGAUUUAGAUCACUAUGUCCAUCGCAGGGAGAACUCGAUGUUAUGUUUAACGAACCUUUUUACCUACCUCGUAAUUACUUGGACUUAGUUGUGGACACCGUUCGAAUGCAAAAUACUCUUCGUUUUGGAAUCCAGGUUGACGUUAAAACGUAUGCAGGACCUGUACCUACAGACAAACGGGAAGGCGAAUGGAAAAUAACAUACAGAAAGAACGGAGACAGCUGGACGCUGCAGAUAUUCUGUCACGAUUCAGCUACCGUCAAUGGGGAAGCAAGGGUCCAGGCAAGCGUUAUAGUCUAUGACGAAGACGAAAAAGUCAUUCAAGUGGAACAAGUUCCAACAUUUGUCUGUUCCCGUGGUAACAAUCUAGCACUCAAUUUGAAUGUCAAUAAUCCUGAUGAUUCCAAAUUGAUGGCAAUCAUUCUGAAACCAGUUCCAAAGACCAGUGAAAAUACGUCUUGAUAUUUAAAUUACAGUGUGUUCUUUUGACCGUCACGGUUAAAUGAGAAGUCGCAUGUCCUGUUAAAUUUAAUUCUGAGUAAUAUUUUCAAUUGGAAAAGGCAAAUUAGUAUUCUAAAUGUUAUAGAUGUAUGUCCUUGGGUGAUUGAUGACAAGAGGAUUUCUAAUGAA